AUGUUUGAAAACAAUCCAGACUCACCAAAAGAUACACAAACACAGACACCACAGAUUACAUGGGUACCAUAUACUUUGAAAUCAGAAGAUGAAUUAAGAUUUGAAAUUGAUAAAGAAGCAAAAAUAAAAUUAGCUGAUGGUACUGCAGAAUACUUUGGUACAGAGUUAGCAUUGAAUAGAGAAUACACAUUGAACAAUGUCAAGGGUGCUAUAUUCUCUUGGAAAGGAUGUAAAAUUGAAGUGACCGACAAUGUCAAAGCAUACAUAUCGAAUGGUACACCCAUGCUUUCAUAUGCAAACAUACAUUCCAUCAUGGAUCAACAUCGUAUGUCUAUACUAAGUCAAAAGAAUCAACAAGGUCCAAGAGUAUUGAUUGCAGGACCAACAGAUGUAGGAAAGAGUACCCUAGCAAAGAUAUUGAUGGGAUACUCUGCUAGAUUAGGUUAUAAUCCGGCAUUCAUUGAUUUGGAUCCAGGACAGGGUAGUAUUACUUUGCCGGGUGCUCUGUGUGCAUCGUUGAUCGAUAGACCGGUCGACAUUGAAGAGGGACUCUCGAAUACCGUUCCUUUCGUUCAGUACUACGGUCACACAUCACUCGAUAUCAAUCCGACACUCUUCAAAGCACAGAUUCAAAGUCUGGGAAUCUCUGUCGACAAACGAAUGGAACAAUCCGACAAUGCUCGUGUCUCUGGUAUGAUUGUGAAUACCUGCGGUUGGAUAGAGGGUCUUGGCUACGAGUUGCUACGUGAGAGUAUCAACCUGUUGCGAAUCAACAUCAUCGUUGUCAUAGACAAUGAGAAACUGUAUAGUGAUCUAUCACGUGAGUUUUCGAGCGGCGGCGGUAACAACAGCAGCAGCGGCAUGAAAGUAAUGAAACUCCCGAAAUCGGGUGGUGUCUAUUUGCGAUCUGCACUCUUUAGAAAACAAACUAGAAUGCAAAGAAUUCGUGAGUAUUUCUAUGGCAUUCAAGGUGAUCUCUGUCCACACAUCACCAUCGUCGACUUUAAGGAUGUUUGUAUAUUUAGAACUGGUGGAGGUCCACCAGCGCCAUCCACAGCACUUCCAAUUGGUUCAACAUCGGUAAUCGAUCCAUUGGCACUCCAAGAGAUUCAACCAUCUCCAGAGAUGUUACAUUCGGUACUCGCCAUUUCCUAUGCCAAGAAUUCACAAUCACUUUUGAGAAGUAAUGUUGCUGGUUUUCUUUAUGUCUCUGAUAUUAAUAUGGAAACUAAAAAGAUUUCAUUUUUGGCGCCAUGUCCAGGUGAUUUACCAUCAAAGUUUUUGCUCAUGGGUACAUUGAAAUGGUUAGAAUAA